AUGACAAAUAUCAAGGAGGUCACACCUCCACAGGAGACUGUGUUUCCGCAAAUGGAAGAACAAAGAGACAUAGGGGAAGGACGACCCAACCUUACGGCGAUAAUUGAUGAGAACCGACUUUUCCAAGACUUGAAUAUAUUUGUCUCCCUAAUAGAUAAUUUACAGGGAAAUGAAGAUGCUGAUACAGCCUACAUUUGUGAUUUCUUAAGGUCGAACCUUCUAUCCCAUUUAAGGACCCAACAGAAGAGCUUCAAAUAUGUCUUCCCCACUAAAAGCAGAGACUUAUUGAUUCAAUGGUGGAUUGCUCUUUUAAAUCAUUUGAAUGAUGAAUUAAGUAUAUAUUUGUUGGACAUUAGGUUUGUUGGAGUCAUGCUAGAAUGUAUCAGUCGAAUAAUGGCCAUCUUAAUGAUUUUACCAAUACAUCCAUUUAGGGAAAUUGAAAUUUACUCUCAUCACAUUCUAAUGACAGCACGUUAUGUUACCAAUAGAUUGGUAUCUAACACCAAACAAGUACGAAAAUUGACAAACGAAAACAAAACACAGCAUGAUGAUAAUGAUAACGAUUAUAAUGACAACGGAUCAGAACUAAUAGAAUUUCUGAAUAAAUACAAUUCUUUACUAAGAGGCUUUUUGGGAAAAUUGAAUGCAUACGCCUUUUUUUAUCUUUCUGACGAAUUCCAUUUCGAUACCCAAUUAUUGUUAUCCAUUUCAUCUCAUACAAUAUACGAGAAUGGCCAUUCUUUGUUUCCUUGGAAGGAAAGAUCAUUUAAAUUAGUGAAGAGAGAUUCUAAUGAAGAUUAUAAAGAAAAAUUAAUAGACAUUAAACAACUGGGCGGUAAACGAAAUAAAGAUGUUACGUUCUUUCAAAUAAUAAUCUCCUACAUGAAGAAUGACAACAUCUUUAUGGCAUUCUAUUGGCAUUUUUGGUAUAUUGUAUUGAAGUACCUAUCUCAUACUAAGAAUAACAUGACGAAUCUCAAACAAAAUUUGCGUCUUAUUCCAGGAGCAUUAAUGUUAUUGAACUAUACUAGCUCUACGUUUUUGAAAGUGGAUAUAGGUAGAUUUGUCAAGUACAUUAAGAAUCAAAAAUUUAAAGGCUCAGAUGCCCCAUCUUCAUUAUCUUCCACGGAAAACAUGAAUGAUUCAAUGCCUAGUCCAAUUAUUGAUGGGUUAAAUACAGAUCGAUUAAACGAUUUCAUCUUUACCAAUUUCAAAUCUAUUAAAAUAUGGGAAUGUUUAAGUUCUCUUGCGCAUUACAUCUCCGUUGAUACGAAUGUAUCUUCUUUAUUAAGAAUCCAAGACUCAUUUGGUUUAAAAUACAUUCAAAAGAUACCUGCUCAUGACUAUAAUGUAGCAAAUAUUGUUUACAAUAAACUUUUCCAAUUUAUCAUAUUCCAGUUUUGUUCACAAAAUUUAAAUAAUUUUCUUAAUUGGGAUUCUUGGUUAAGAGGGAUUAUCGGUAUGCUACAAACAUUACAUAUGAACUCCCAGUUAGUUGCCACCAUAUGUUUGUUUAAUAUUUGGUCAUACUUACCUAAACAAAUACAGAACCAAUACUCUAUCGAAUUGAUUAUCAUGAACAAAGAAUUGGUAUUUGAAAAGAUCUUAAUCGAGUCAAGUUUUCCAAUAUUAAAAAUAUUUUUUUGUAAACUUUUAGUUUAUAAGAUUCUCUCCACUUCAAAUGAUUACCAAACAAAAAAUAUUGUUAGAAUAAAAUUAAAAGGGUAUUUCCAAGAACUAAAACAAAUCCAAACUGUAUUUGAGCAAUAUGAUUACGUGCCCUCCACUAUAGCAGAUGCCAAUGAAAGCAAACAAAACGAUUUAAUUUUUUUUGGCAAUAAAAAAUUAGUUGUCAGGAGGAACAAACCAUUAAAUAAUGAAUUCAUUCUUUCAGGCAGGAAUUAUCAGGGUCCAAAUAAAAUAAUGAAGAAAAAAUUAAUUCCAAAGGCCUUGAACUUUCCCAAUAUGGUUCAGCUUUCGAAUCUAAAUCCAUCUCUUAUUUUGUUGAAGGGUAAGUACCCUUAUGAUGUAUUUGAUGGAAAUUCACAAGUUAUAGCUUCUAAUCCCAUUGUUCCAAAUACUUCAUCAAAUUCUAAUUCUAACUCUAAUUCCACUUCUCCGAGUUCAUCAUUAACUUCACAGGAAGAGCCACAAAAUUUAAGAAACACAUUAAACUCAUGGUUUGCUAAAUUUACAGGAACCAAUACUACUGGCAGUCAAUCGAAUAUCCAGUUAGGACUUACGAUGGCUCCACCUGAAUAUGAAUAUUAUUAUAAUUCCUCUGUCCAAAUUUGUAAUGUUUUCAGAUCGGCCGAUUUCAUCUUUCAUAAUUACUCCUCAAAACCGUCAUUAGAGUCAUUUAAUGAUAAAUGGGGAGUAAGGCCACGGAAGAAUAACGGUAAGUCGUUGAGUAAAAGAUUAGAAUACUUGAAUCAAUAUGAGAAACCUUUACCAAAUCCACUUGAGUCUAACUUUGAUUCAUUUGAGAAUACAAAGAUAGAGGAAGAUUUACAAGAAGAAACUGAAAAAGCCAAAUUAACUAUCCCUGAACCGAAUUUGGAUAUCUUAGGGGGGUCAAAGGAAGUAGCUUCACCUCAUGAUAAUGGUGUUAAUGACUUAAGUGAUGAAUUUUCUCAUAUCUCGAUUAAGGACGAUGUUGUGAGACGUAAUAAAUUGAUGGAAUUAGAAACCAAAUUUAACAAACUAUUAAAGUUGAUCAACAUUUGGAACUUGACUUUGGAUGAAUAUUAUGAGUUCAUGGAUGUGAUUAAUGACAACUCUUCCUUCCUAGACUUCGAUAUCGGGAAACCUUUUGCCAAUAUGUAA